CGUCUACACUUAUGUAAUUGUGUUAACACCAAAUAGUAACUAAUCGCGUUAAGCAUUACUGUCGGUGAUGUAGCUAAUAUGUGUAGUUACUUAAUAAACUAACUGUUACUCGCAGUGUGGUAGCUGCUUGCUACCUAGCGACUGUAUGUGAAGUCCUGUGCACACAGAAUGACAGGACACACAGCUAGCUAGCUGGCUGGCUAAUUAGCUAUCUAACCAGUUCAUCCUAAUUAGCUAGCAAACGUGUUGACUGUCUCAUUCAAGCGUUUCGUUCCUUUGUUUAAGAAACAUUCUUGCCCGUGUUGUCCCUCAAUGGCGCUCUUUUUCUUUUGUUUUUUUUUUAAACGAAGUGAAAUUUAUUCUCUGUCUGCCUACAUUCCGAAACAACUAACGCUAUGGUGUUAGCUACCUAUCUACCUACCUACCUAGCUUGAUGCGUUUGCACAGCGGUAGCUGUCACUGUUUUAUCUUAGAUAACAUUUACUUACGUUUCGCUGAAUUGGAGUUGUCACCGAUGUGCCUCAGCCGUCUCCAUGGUGAUGAAGUCAUCUGUUGAAGAGGAUGAAGGGGGGUGGGGCCUCGGAAUCCCAGAAAAGAUGAGGAACAAUGCCGACUGGGUGGACAUCACCCAGGAUUUCAAAGGGGCCUGUAAAGAACUGAAACUUGGAGAACUGCUCCAUGACAAGCUGUUCGGUCUGUUCGAGGCGAUGUCGGCCAUCGAGAUGAUGGACCCAAAAAUGGACGCGGGGAUGAUCGGGAACCAAGUGAACCGGAAAGUUCUCAACUUCGAGCAGGCCGUCAAGGAUGAGGCCAUCAGAGUGAAGGACCUGUCCCUGCCUGAGCUGAUCGGAAUUGUGGACACCUGCUUUUGCUGCUUGAUCACAUGGCUGGAGGGUCACUCUCUGGCGCAGACAGUCUUCACCUGUCUGUAUGUGCAUAACCCUGAGCUGAUCCUGGACCCUGCCCUCAAAGCCUUUGCCCUCGGCAUCCUCAAAGUGUGCGACAUCGCCCGCGAGAAGGUCAACAAGGCCGCCGUGUUCGAGGAGGAGGAUUUCCAGGCGAUGACCUACGGGUUCAAAAUGGCCAACAACGUGACGGACCUGAGAGUCACAGGGAUGCUGAAGGAUGUCGAGGAUGAGCUGCAGAGGAAAGUGAAGAGCACCCGCAGUCGGCAGGGAGAGCAGCGAGACCCUGAGGUGGAGCUGGAUCAUCAGCAGUGCCUGGCUUUGUUCAGCAGGAUUAAAUUCACCCGCCUCCUGUUGACUGCUCUCAUUUCCUUUACUAAAAAAGAGACGAGUGCUGUGAGUGAAGCCCAGAAGCUGAUGAGUCAGGCAGCAGACCUCCUGCCCGCAAUACACUCCACCAUCCAAUAUGGCAUCCAGUCACAGAACGACACCACUAAAGGAGACCAUCCCAUCAUGAUGGGCUUUGAGCCGCUGGUGAACCAGCGCCUGCUGCCACCCACGUUCCCACGCUACGCCAAGAUUAUCAAGCGUGAGGAGAUGGUCAGCUACUUCAGCAAGCUGAUCGAGCGGAUAAAGACCGUGUGUGAGGUCAUCAACACCACCAACCUGCACAGCAUCUUGGAUUUCUUUUGUGAAUUUAGCGAGCAGUCCCCUUGUGUACUGUCAAGGUCUUUAUUACAGACUACAUUUCUGAUUGACAAUAAAAAAGUGUUCGGGACUCACCUGAUGCAGGACAUGAUCAAAGAUGCUCUUCGCUAUUUUGUCAGCCCGCCUGUUCUGUCCCCAAAGUGCAGUCUGUAUAAUAACCACCAGGCCAAAGACUACAUCGACUCCUUUGUCACUCACUGCUCUCGGCCGUUCUGCAGUCUGAUCCAGAUUCAUGGCCACAACAGAGCUCGCCAGAGGGACAAGCUGGGUCACAUACUCGAGGAGUUUGCCACCCUGCAGGAUGAGGCUGAGAAGGUGGACGCAGCUCUGCACGGUCUGCUGAUGAAGCUGGAGCCUCAGAGGCAGCACUUGGCCUGUCUGGGCACCUGGGUUCUCUACCACAACCUGCGCAUCAUGAUCCACUAUCUGCUCAGCGGCUUUGAGCUCGAGCUCUACAGCAUGCACGAGUAUUACUACAUCUACUGGUACCUCUCUGAGUUCCUGUACGCGUGGCUGAUGUCAACACUGAGCAGGGCAGACAGCUCCCAGAUGGCGGAGGAGCGCAUCGUGGAGGAGCAGCAGCAGAAAGGACGCAGCAGCAAGAAGAGCAAGAAGAAGAAGAAAGCUCGUCCUCUGGGCAAAGAGAUCACCAUGAGCCAGGCCUACCAGAACAUGUGCGCUGGCAUGUACAAGACCAUGAUAGCGCUGGACAUGGACGGUAAGGUCCGAAAGCCUCAGUUCGAGCUGGACAGCGAGCAGGUGCGCUACGAGCAUCGCUUCGCCCCCUUCAACAGCGUGGUCACGCCCCCCCCGGUGCACUACAUCCAGUUCAAGGAAAUGUCGGACUUGAAGAAAUACAACCCCCCGCCGCGCUCAGCUGACCUGUACACAGCCGCCAGCAAGCACUUCCAGCAGGCCAAACUCAUACUGGAAAACGUCAGCAGCCCUGAUGCCGAGGUGAACCGUAUCCUCAAAGUGGCCAAACCGAACAUUGUCGUGAUGAAGCUGCUAGCAGGAGGACACAAGAAGGAGACUAAGGCCCUUCCUGAGUUCGAUUUCUCUGCGCACAAGUACUUCCCCAUAGUCAAAAUCAUCUGACUCCUUCUAGUGAAGGUCCCCCGCGCCUCACAGCCUGAGCUCUCCAGGUUCAUCUCCCCCUCCUGAGCUCUGAGUCAUGGAACCGCAGGGUCCACAUCCACCACACCACUUUACCGUUGCACGAGCAGGCGACAGGGCUCCGUUUUCUUCACAGUACGACUUAACUGAUUACUCAAAGGUUACUCAAGAUGACUGGGAAUUUGAGAAGGCAAUUCGUUUUGUGACUGCAAGUAUAUAAAAGACCCUUUUGUGUAAAAGUCUUCUGAUGGAGUUGAUGGAACUGGUUAUGUGGAAAGGCUUCUGUAGACUUUCAUGUUUAAUUACCAGUGUUUUACUCAGAUGCAUGUGACAUUGGGGGGGUGCAUAUGUCGGUGUGUCUUUUCCAUAAUUUGCGUGUAUGUAAAUUUUUGUUACUUUCAAUUAAAUUGUCAUCUCAGAACACAACCUUUUUUAAAUAAAGAUUUUAAAAUUUAAAACCAGUGAACAUCUUUCA